AUGUGGAGCGGGAAGAAGGAGGAUGAGCCGGAGAAGGCCGACCAGGCCCCAGCCCAGGAGGAGGUCCAGGAGAAGCCGACCCCAGAAUCAGCCGUGACUGGGGUCGAGCAGAAGUCGACCCCCACCCCAGCCCGGCACGGGAUCCCGCAGAGGACCGGAUCGUACCAAAACCCAAUCCGACCCGGACUCCUGGGAAAGCUGGGCUCGGCCUCCGCCCCAGCCAGAGAGGUGAUGCGGCAGAAAGCAACCCCGGGCCCCGCCCCAACCCAGGAGGGGGACCCGGAGAAAGAAACCUCGGGCCCUGCCUCGGCCCCGGCCCCAGCCCCGGCCCCAGCCCCAGCCCCGGCCCCAGCCCCAGCUCCGAUCCCGGCUCCGGCCCCGGCCGCAGCCCCAGCCCAGGGGGGGGUCCGGCAGAAAGCAACCCCGGGCCCCGCCCCAGCCCCUGAGGUGAUGCGGCAGAAGGCAACCGCGGGCCCCGCCCCAACCCAGGAGGGGGCCCGGCAGAAAGCAACACCGAGUCGGGCCCCCGCCCCAGCACCGGCCCCGGCCCCGGCCCCCGCCCCGGCCCCGGCCCCCGCCCCGGCCCCGCCCCCCGGCCCGGCCCUGGCUCCGGCUUCGGCCCCGGUCACGGCCCCCGCCCCGGCCCCGGCCCCGGCCCAGGUCCCGGCCCAGGUCCCGGUCCAGGACCCGGUCCCGGCUCCGGCCCCGCCCCCCGCUCCAGCCCCGGCCCCGGCCCCGGUCCGGGCCCCGGCCCCGCCCCCAGCUCCGGCCCCGGCUCCGGUCCGGGCCCCGCCCCCGGCUUCGGCCCGGGCCCCGGCCCCGCCCCCGGCCCCGGCCCCGACCCGGGCCCCGGCCCCGGCUCCGGCUCUAGCCCCUGCUCCGGCCCCUGCUCCGGCCUCGGCUCCGGCCCCGGCCCGGGCUCCGGCCCCUGCUCCGGCCUCGGCUCCGGCCCCGGCCCCUGCUCCGGCCCCGGCCCCGGCCCCGGCCCCUGUCCGGGCCCCGGCCCCUGCUCCGGCUCCGGGUCCGGCUCCGGCCCCCGCUCCGGCUCCGGGUCCGGCUCCGGCUCCUGUCCGGGCCCCGGUCCCGGCCCCAGCUCCGGCUCCGGCUCCUGCUCCGGCUCCUGUCCGGGCCCCGGUCCAGGCCCCAGCUCCAGCUCCGGCUCCGGCUCCGGCUCCGGCUCCAGUUCCGGCUCAGGUCCCCGCUCCGGCCGCCGCUCCGGCCCCGCCUCUGAUCCCAGCUCCGGCCCGGGCCCCGGCCCCUGCUCCGGCUGCCGCUUCGGCCCCGGUUCCGGCUCCGGCCCGGGCUCCGGCCCCCGCUCCAGUUGCCGCUCCGGCCCCGGCUCCGGAUCGGGCUCCGGCCCCCCCUCUAGCCGCAGCUCCGGUCCCGGCUCCGGCUCGGGCCCCGGCCCCCGCUCCGGUUCCCGUUUCAGGUCCGGCUCGGGCCCCGGCUCCGGCCUCCGCUACCGCCCCUGCUCCGGUCCCAGCCCGGGUCCCUGGUCCGGCCCCAACUCCGGUCCGGCCCAGAGGCCCUGUCAUCGCUCCGGGCGUGUUCCGGGCCCCGACCUCGGCUCCGUCCCUAUUCCGAGUUCCGGCUCCGGCUCCGGCCCGAGCUCCAGCUCCGUCCCUGUUCCGAGCUCCGGCCCCGGCUCCGUCCCUGUUCCGAGCCCCGACCUCGGGUCCGUCCUUGUUCAGGGUCCCGGCUCCGGGCCGGGCUCCUGCCUCUGCUUCGGGCCGUACCUCGGCCUCGUCUUCAGGCCGGAGCCGGACCGCUCCCGGCCUGUUCCGAGCCCCGGCCCCCGCUCCGGCCCUGUUCCGAGUCCCGGCUCCGGCUCCUGCCCGGACCUCGGGUCAUGCCCGAGCCACAGCUGUCCCGGGCUCCGCCCACGUCUCGGGCCGAGAGGUGAUCCCUCAAAGACCCAUUCCAGUCAGGGUGAAGACCGAACCUCUCUCGCCUCCUCCUCGGGAGGUGGCCCAGAACAAGGCCGCCCCGGGCCCAGCCCCGGGCCCAGCCCCGGCCCCGAUUCCUGCCCCGGGCCCAGCCCCAGCCCCAGGCCCGGCCCCGGCCCCGGCCCCAGGCCCGGCCCCGGCCCCGGGCCCGGCCCCGGGCCCGGCCCGAGAGUCGGUUCGGCACAGGCACCGGUACCGGUCCUCUGGGUCGGAGUCGAUCUCGGGCCCGAACCCAGUCCGAGUGGUGCUUCGGCGGAAGCCAGGCUCGUCCCCAAGCCAUGGGGUGAUCUGCUGGCAGAGGAGCGGCCCAUCCUGGGUCCUGGAGGUGGUCAGAGAAAGAUCCUCUGGGCCUGCCCCCUAUCAGACCCAGGAUGUGGGGGUCCGGAGGAGGGCCUCCGGAAAGGCAACGGCGAAAACAGCCGCCCGAGUCCCGGAGGUGGUGGUGAAGAGAGAAAGGGACGAGGACUCAGAGCCUGGGGAGCCCAGGGAACCCAGGGAACCAAGGGAGCCCAGGGAACCCGCGCCCCCGGGGGAGCCCGCGCCCCCAGGGGAGCCCGCGCAGCCUGGGGAGAGGUCCGAGACGGGGCAGACGGGAGACUCGGGGGAGAGAGGAGAGGUGCCCGGCGCCGCGGCCGCGGCGGCCGCGGGGGCAGCAGCACCAGGGGCCGCAGGGGCGGCAGCAGCGGCUGCAGGGGCGGCCCCGGAGGCAGCAGGGGCUGCCCCCGCGGUGGCGGCGGCGGCAGCAGCGGCAGCCCCUGCGGCGGAGGUGGCAGGGCCAUCGACAGCCCCUGCGGGGGCGGCAGCGGCGGCGGGGCAGGCCAAGACAGGCAAUGUAGUAGAAGUGGUGGACGAAGAUGAUGAUGUACAGGUGGUGGAGACUAGGGAUGAUGAAGUGCAGGUAGUGGAGGUGGUGGAGGUGAAGGAUGAUGAUGAUGAUGUGCAGAUAGUGGAGGUGGUGAACGAGAGCAAGGUGGAGAUAGUGGAUUUGCUGGAUGAUGAGGAUGAGGAUGAUGAUGACUCUGAGGCAGCUGGGCCUUCGUCCAGAGACGAUGAUGAAGAGGAGAUGUGGUUUCAGCUCAUUCGGAUUGAGGAGUUCGAUGGGCCCUCGAGGCCCUCCACCCCCCUGCAGCCUUCCUAUGAGGACUUGGAGGACUGGACCCACACUCGGGUCAGGUCUGUAGUGGCCGGCUGGGUGAUGGAUUAUUUGUGCAUGAACGUGUGCCAUGCCUUCUGUCAUGACAUGGCUGAGGAGUUCAGCCAGGGCAUCGUUGCUAUGGAGGCUGCAGUCUGUGGGGUCCACAACCGACCCCUCCUGCAGCUCAAAACUGUGCACAUCUGUCAGUUUUUAAAGAGAAUCACUAGGGCAAGAUGCCUGGAUGUUCGAUUUGAUGGGAAUACUGUCAAUACCCCUCUGGAAUCAGCCAUGGUUAUGUGGAACCGGAUGGGCUACUGUAAAGAUCCCCGGUUUGACGACAUCCAUGAUUUGCUGAGAAUUCAGGCUGUGGCUAUCUGCCUGGAGAAAAGAGGCUUUCGGGAGGCUGAGGUGAUCUUCCGUAGGGUAUUUGGCGCCAAUGACACCAACAGGCCUCUCAAAAAGAUCCUGUUUCGGGUGGUCAGCAAGAAAGAUCCAAACCAUACCUUUUUCCACUACUUCAGCUUUGACAGCCUGAUCAAGAAAGUGAAGGCUUUCGUGCGUCAUGUGAUCAGUGAGAAAGCAACCAGCUUUCUGAUCAGGAAGGCCAUGAAGAUCGUGAAGCAUAACCCUGAGGAAAGUCCAUCCAGGAAGAGAGAAAGAGAAGUCCGAAGCCACAUCAUCAUCCAAGAGUUCGGAGGGUACCCUAAGUUCAUAGUCAGGUCUGACACCAACGUCUUCUGCUUCUCCCAAAUGAAACGCCGGAAGUCCAAGCAGAAAGUUUUGGAUGACUCCGGAAGAGAAAUGGGCCCCGAGAGAAAAAAGGCCAAACAGAAGUGCAAAAACAUUGUCAUCGACACCCAAACCAAUGAUGUGGAGAUCAUCGAGGACACCUACGAGGAUGACAAUGAAGCGAGCACCUCGGAGAGACCUCCUGGCAAGAAGAGGAGAACAUGGACCUGGGAAGAAGACAUGAAGCUGAGGUCUGGGGUGAGGAAAUAUGGAGAGGGCCAAUGGAAGAAAAUCCUCGCUCGUUAUGGAUUCCACGACCGAACAAACGUGAUGCUGAAGGACAGAUGGAGAACCAUAAAGAAAGCAGAAGUCCUUUCUUCAGACAGUGAAGACUGAGCGUGUCUGGAGGAAAGGUUCACAAAAGAUGACUAAAAAGAGAAAAAGCAUCUCGAUCAAUGGGUUUGUUAAAAACUUAACCAGUUGGUGUUGUAUUUUGAAGUUUUAAAAAUGUUUUGGUGUGAUAGUAUAUUUUCUCUGGAACAAAGUCAUUUGACAGGCUUCUUAUUACUAUUUUCUUAAGCCUUAUACUAGUGGGAAAAGUCAGGUUUUUGAACCAUGCCACAUACUUUCUUACACACACACACACACACACACACACACACACACACACACACACACACACACACACAUGAAGCCUCAGAGAAGAAAAGAAAAACAUUGUUCUACUGAGUUUAGGUGAAAUGGCCUGAAAAAACAAGUCUUUUAAGCAAACCAAAUUUGGAUGUUCUGAGUCACUGCAGAAUAACAUCCCCUGAAACUAGCAGAUAAUGGCUUGGUUUUAUGCCUUUAGGAUGUCACUUCAUUUUUUAAAAAGGCCUUCUGAUAAAAUCCCAAGUGGACAGUGUUGCUUCAGUAUUAUAUGUUUUCCAAUGAGGAAGGAUGAGUAAAGGAUACAUCUUAGACAAAAACAAGAUUAUUAGCUAGUGUGUGAUACAGUCAUGUUUGGCUUUUUUUGGUUUUCUGUUUUGUAACAUUCCCCCCUUCCUAAUGAAGAUCCACCACCUUCUCUCUCUCUCCUCCCUCCCCCCAACUGAGAAAGCAAGAAAAACAAAAUCUUUAUCACCCGAUGUGGUCAUUCCAAAGACUGGCUGCAUUUGGCUGUGUCUGAAAAGAUGGAGGUCUCAAUCUGCCCUCUGAGUAUGUCACCUUUUUCUCCUGAGAGAGAGCUGGGUAGCCCGUUUCAUCAUGAAUCCUCUUAAAUCGUGAUUGGUUAUUGUGAUCAGAGUUCCUAAGUCUUUCAAAGUUCAUUGUCUUACAAUAUUGUUGUUCUUGUAUAAAUUGUUCUCCAGCUUUGUUCCGAUAGACAUUUAACUUAAAUGUUAGCUAGACCUGUAGUACAUGAAAGUGUACGCUGAAUUCUAUGAUUUUGAUGUUAUUUAACAUAAUGCCAGCAAAGUGGUUGAAUUGUACUGUGAACGCUUGAGACUUGAUACCUCAAUUAGCAACUUUACUAUCACUCUGAUUAUUACUGCUUACUUAGCAUAAGUCUUGGAACCAUCAGUGUGCUUGUGUUGUUCACUUCUCCACGAUUUUGUUCCUCACAUGUCUUGGUCAAGGAAUAUAUAGAAUGACUUAUUAGUAGCUAUGAAUGUACCAAAUUAGCUAGAAUGUGUUUCUUCCUUAAAUUAGCUAACUAGGAACAAAUAACAUCUACCAGUUUCAUUUAUGAUAAUUCUAGAGUUGCUUGGCCUCUGUUAUAUGUUGGAGUUUGUAUAUAGAAUUGAAGAAGUGUGUCUGUGUCCUUUCCAUAGCCUAUUAAAAAUUCAGUCGUUCAAAAAUAAAAUGUUUCUGUCUCGAUAUUCCAAA